AUGAAUCCAAAACAUCUCUCGGAAAAUUCAAAAAAGCAUCAAUUUCCUUCGAUCAGUCAAUGGUGUCAAUUUAUAAGAGUUCCUUCUGUAGAUAUUCAUUCUGAUCAUCUAAAUAACAAAAAUCUCAAAAAGAAGGUCGAUUUUUAUGCUGUUCUACAAUUCCUUUCUACAAAACAUUCUUCAAACUCUUUACCAAAUUCUUCAACUUCUUCAACUCGUGUCAACAAAAAUACUGAAAUGUCUGCUGAUCGAAUUGCUCACAUAUUUUGCAAAAUUUUCUCAAAACGUUGUCCGAAACUUCAUCAAUUAUCCGUGGAUUUGGUUUCUAGGCGUUGUAAUUUAGAUGAAUUUCCUUGUAAUUCUCUAAACUCAAGAUUAUCCGGUUUUUCUACUAAAUUUUUUCGUCCAAAAUUUAAUCAUUCUCAAUUAACUCAUCUAAUUUGCACUACAAAAGUUUCAAAACGUGAUCUCUUUACUACUCUAGCAAAAGACGCUCACAAUAUCUCAAAACUUGAUGUUUGCAUAGAUUAUUUAGACCAUAAUCAAUACUUUUGUGAAAGAAUUAUAGAUGUUUCUUAUGUUGAAUUAGAAGCUUUAA